GGGAAUAUUCAAGUGAGAAUAACUCAGUACUGAAAAAUUACGAACAGACUUUUUUUUAAAUAUUGUUUCCAAAAAUUUUUAAGAACAAUUUAAAUUAUUUUUACCAUUAGUAUUAAUUAACGAUUUAAAUUAUAUAAACACUAUGGUGAGAGUUUGUGCUGUAAAAAGUUGCCCAAGUGGCCGGAAAAGUAAAAAAGUAGUGAAAGAAACAUCGGGUUCUGUGUCUUUUUUUCAAGCAAUAACCCCAGCGAGGUUAGAACAUUGGACCAAAUCUUUGGGUAUAACAUUGAAGGCAUCCGAUUACAUUUGUCAAUUUCACUUCAAGGCAAAAGAUAUAAAUAUGUAUACCAAGAUUGUCAUCGGAAAUGAAGUCCACUUUCAUUCUUCAGGCAGAAAAAAACUUUCAGAAGAAGCAGUGCCGACGAUAGAACAUCAGUUGCAGCUCAAUCCUGAACAACAGCAACUAGAACAAGAACAACAGCAGCUAGAACAAGAGCAACAGCAACUAGAACAAGAACAACAGCAACUAGAACAAAAACAACAGCAAUUAGAACAAAAACAACAGCAAUUAGAACAAGAGCAAGAGCAACUAGAACAAGAGCAAGAGCAGCUAGAACAAGAUCAGCAGCAACCAGAACAAAUACCCGAAAUUAUGGAGCCAAUUUCAUCUUUAAUGGAAAAGUUUUCAAUACUACCCCAGUAUUGGUCAUAUGCUGAGAAGUCCAACGCAAUGGAAUUUUUUCGGUUUGAUCCUGUGCAAAUGCGGAUUCAAAAUCAUAUAGCUUGGAAUGACGAUCUUUCUAUUUCGGUAAUUUUCCCAAAUAAUGAAAAAGUGAGUUUAAGUGAUAAACUAUUUUCACUAGAUGAAAUCUAUGAUUAUUUAAAAUCUGUCGAAAAAUGGCCAUUAUGUGUUGGCACACUAAUCGAGAAACAGAGGUAUUCAAAUGAUUGCAAACGAGUAAUCAUUGGCGAUGAAGCUUAUCAAAGGUGUCAAAUGAAUCCUAGGUGUAAAUCUUGUCGUGUUCUCCGUAAGCGAUUACAGAGCUGCAACAAAAUUUAUAAAAAAAAAAGAAAGUUAUGUACGACUUAACAGAAAUUUUUAAUAAAUAAUAUUUUAGAGAUAUAUUAAUAUCUAGGAAUUAUUGCUCCUGCGGAAUUAAUCUACACAAUUUGGAUUGAAUAAUUGUUCCUUGAGAUUGAUGAUGAUAGCAACUACAAAUGAAAAUAUACUGAAGUUCUUAAAUUUUUAGAAUUUCUUAAAGAUUGAGAAAAGCUUGAGCCCAUACCAGUCUCUAAAAGUACUUUAGUAGGUUUAUAAGUUACUUUGCAAGCGACACUACAAAUACUCGAUGCACUGUAUAUUGAGUGUAAUUACAGCUAUUUGAUCUGCAACACUUUCGCAAGAUCCUUUAGAAAGAUUGUGAUGCUAAUGGUCAUCCAGACCCUACAAUGUUUGCUCAAGUAUAUCGUCUGGCUUAUUGUUUUUCACUUAUAACGCCUCUUAAAGAAUGUAAUGUCCAUGGAGUUCAAAUUCUAAAGACAUUACUUGGGAUCAAAAACAUAAAAAAUAAACCAAAUAAAUCAAAACAAGAAUGGUUGAAAAGUAUUGAUUUGAUGUUAGAUAACAGUUCAUCUGUGAGUCAGAAUCUAACACAUGAAGAUGAACACAAUUAUAAUGAAGCCGUCACUAGUAAAGUGGUCCAGUUUUACAUCGCUGGCUACAUUGGCCGAAAACUUGAUAAAAUGCUUAAAUGUCAAAAAUUCUUACAAACAUUAGGGUGAAUGCAGCAGACAUCAGACGUAUUUUAAAUUAUUGAUAAAUAGAGUAAAUAAUUAAAAAAAAAUGCACAUUUAAAAAAUUUUUAAAUUAAUCAGUGCAUUUUUUGUAAAUAUUAUUUUUUUAAUUACUUACUGUGUUUAUUUAUAAUUUUAAAUUUGUCUAAUGUCUGCUACAUUCACGCUCAUUUACAAACUUUGGAGCCCAAUAGAAACGAUGGUAAAUUGCUGGCUCACAGUGAUGUUAUUAAUAAAAUGGAUUUAUACAGAGGACUGUACUAUCCAAGCGAUGGACUAUUUGCACUGACUCAACAACUUGAAGAGUGUGUGCUCAGAGCUGUAGCAAAAUCAUGAGUAUAGUUAGAAACCAUAUAUGAAAUAAGGGCAAAGAUUCGUAAAAAAUAAUUAUAAACUGUUGGGUGUUUUGAGCACCAGAGAUUUGACAAAGCAAGUAAUAGAUUUAUACGUUGUCAUGUGAGUAAAUUUUUUGGCCAAAUCUGAAAACAAACGCAAUAUUCUACGAUAGAUUUUUAUUAUCCUCUCAUGUAAUGCUCUGUUUUGAAAUAAAUUU